AUUGUUUGCUAAAAGGGGAACAAGCAAUCUAACCAUGUAGGUUCUGUGGUGAGAAAUCAGAAUCUUGGGUCCCAAGGUAGCAUUGUUUUUUCUCUUCCUAUACAUUUUCAUGGUCACAUUGACAUUCUAUUCUACUCACAUGACUAUUAACCGUUCUUGUUUCUUUUCCAAAAUUCGUUACACCGUUUUCUUGAAUAUCAACCACCACUUUGCUCAUAUUUCGUUUCUGCCAUCACUUCUUGGAUUUUUGCGGUUUUUUCAGUUAUGAUCGCUUCCAGCAUUAUUAGCAUUUGUGCCAUGAAACCAUCCUCUAGGAUCCUCAUUGGUUUCAAGAAUUCAUCAUCGUUUCUUGCAAGAUGUCACCGUACCCUUACUCUAUCUCUAUCUAACUCCAACCCUUCUCUUCACAACAACAGAAUGCACUGCAUCUUCCCUUGUAGAAUGCUAAAGUUUGGACGCAUAAUGAGUGGUGCCCAGAAUUUGUUUGGGUUACCUUCUUCGAGUUUUCGCCGGAAUAGUAUGAGAGUAACGGGAACAAAAGAGGGUGUCUCUCCCAUUUCUGGGGUUGCCUUCAAGGCUCGAGGUUUCUCUGGCUCCAUAGAGACCAAUGCCAAUGAGAACAAUGGUGAGAGGGUUUGCGUGAAAGAUAGCAAGAAUGUGAAGACUUUGGUCGAAGGAAAUGACGAGAAUGGUGAGGGAGAGGAAGAGUCAAGAUCAGAAGAUGGUGAGGAAGAUGUUAAGGCGGAAACUUCAGGUGGUUUGAAGAAUGGGUCUGAGUCAGAGGACAGUGAUGAGGAGGAAGAGACGGAGGUGGAAAGAGAAGCGUGGGCGUUAUUGCAGAACGCGCUUGUGACGUAUUGUGACAACCCUAUUGGAACGGUGGCUGCAAAAGUUUCAGGUGACCAGCAAACAUUGAAUUACGAUCAGGUGUUUAUCAGGGAUUUCAUCCCUUCUGCCCUUGCUUUCUUGCUCAAGGGAGAAAGUGAGGUUGUCAAGAACUUUCUUGUUCACACCUUGCAACUCCAGAGUUGGGAGAAAACAGUGGACUGCCAUAGCCCAGGAGCGGGCUUGAUGCCUGCUAGUUUCAAAGUUGAAACUAUAGAAAUUUCUGAAAAUGAAAGAGAAGAAGCUUUGGAUCCUGAUUUUGGGGAAUCAGCUAUUGGUCGUGUUGCUCCUGUGGAUUCAGGGUUGUGGUGGAUCAUCCUGCUGCGAGCUUAUGGGAAGCUCACUGGUGACUACAGCUUACAAGAACGGUUGGACGUUCAAACAGGCCUACAAAUGAUCCUUAGCUUGUGUUUAACGGAUGGCUUUGAUAUGUUUCCUUCUCUGUUGGUAACUGAUGGAUCUUGCAUGAUAGACAGGAGGAUGGGUAUUCAUGGUCACCCUCUUGAGAUUCAAGCAUUAUUUUACUCAGCUCUUCGCUCUGCCCGUGAGAUGGUUGACGUAGAUAAGGGUUCCGAGCAUCUGGUUGGAGAAAUUUACAAUAGACUUAGUGCACUAUCAUUCCACAUUAGAGAAUAUUAUUGGUUGGACAUGAGAAAGAUAAAUGAGAUAUACAGGUACAAAACAGAAGAGUACUCAUUGGAAGCCACUAACAAAUUCAACAUCUAUCCAGAACAAAUUCCUAUGUGGCUAAUGGAUUGGAUUCCAGAGGAAGGUGGAUAUUUGGUAGGGAACCUGCAGCCAGCUCACAUGGACUUCAGGUUUUUCAUGCUUGGAAAUCUCUGGUCCAUCGUUUCGUCUUUGAGUACCCCAAGACAGAGCAAUGCUAUUUUGAAUCUCAUUGAAGCUAAAUGGGAUGAUCUCGUGAGCGACAUGCCUCUCAAGAUAUGUUAUCCUGCCUUGGAGAAUGAAGAAUGGCGCGUAAUUACAGGCAGCGACCCUAAGAACACCCCUUGGUCAUAUCACAAUGGUGGAUCUUGGCCAACCCUUUUGUGGCAGUUUACACUGGCAUGCAUCAAAAUGGGGAGAAUUGAACUAGCUCAGAAGGCUGUUGCUUUGGCUGAGCAAAGGUUGCCAUUUGAUUCAUGGCCUGAAUACUAUGACACCCGCACAGGAAGAUUUAUUGGAAAACAGGCCAGGCUAUAUCAAACAUGGACAUUAUCUGGGUUCCUUGCAUCUAAGAUGCUUUUGAAGAAUCCUGAAUUGGCAAACUUGCUAUGCUGGGAUGAAGAUUUUAAGAUUCUUGAGUCAUGUGUUUGUGUACUUAAUAAGAAGAAUGGCAAGAGAAAAUGCUCCCGCGUAGCUGCAAAGUCUCAUGUUCUCGUUUGAUGAGGGAUUAUAUUAGUUUAGGAUGUGAAUUUGAUAGGAUACAGUAACAUACAUUUACAUGGAAGAACAACAUCUGCACAUUGCUGUGAAUAUGAUGAAUAAGGCUUUCUUCUAGGGGAGAGUGUGAUUCUUUCUCAUCGUUGUAAAUUUUGUAAAUAUGUACAUAUUGAUGUUUCUCAUUAAAAAGUGCUCCUCUAUAGCAUUUUUUCAUUACUAAUGUUAAUCUAUAUAUCUAACA